AUGGCAACUGAAGUUACGCGCAAGAGUAUGCCCUAUGUCCGCCUUGGCAAAUCGGGCUUGAAAGUCUCCAAGAUCAUCUUGGGAUGCAUGUCGUAUGGCUCGCCGGACUGGCAAGGCUGGGUGCUCGAGGAGGAAGAGGCGCUCAAGCACAUCAAGUAUGCUUACGAUCAUGGUAUCAAUGCCUUUGAUACUGCGAACGUGUACUCGAAUGGCCGUAGCGAGGAGAUCCUAGGCAAGGCGAUCAAGCAGUUCGACAUGAAUCGCGACGAGAUUGUUGUCAUGACCAAGGUGUACUUUACCGUCGCGUGGGACAUGAAGCUCGAGACUUGGGGGAUGACGCCAGAGGACAUCAACGCCGCCGGAUACGUGAACCAGAACGGCCUCUCGCGCAAGCAUAUCUUCGAUAGCGUCGAUCGCUCGCUCGAGCGCCUCGGCCUCGAGUACAUCGACCUGCUGCAGUGCCACCGCUUCGACUACAACACGCCGAUCGAGGAGACUAUGCAGGCGCUGCACGACGUUGUCCAGAGCGGCAAGGUGCGGUACAUCGGCAUGAGCAGUUGCUACGCUUGGCAAUUCCAUGCUAUGCAGAACUACGCCAUCGCGAACAAGCUUACGCCGUUCAUCAGCAUGCAAAACCACUAUAACCUCGUGUACCGCGAGGAAGAGCGCGAGAUGAUGGCAACGCUGAAGCACUUCGGCGUCGGCUGUAUCCCGUGGUCGCCGCUCGCCCAGGGCGUACUCACGCGCCCACUCACGCAGAGCUCAACGCGCAAGGAAGUGGACAAGGUCUGGCAGAAGGGGUACGAGGCUCCCGCGACGGACGCCGUGGUCAACCGGACGGAAGAGAUCGCAAAGAGAAACGGGUUGAGCAUGGCGCAGGUCUCUCUCGCGUGGGUCAUGGCGAAGACUACGGCGCCGAUUGUGGGCACUACGAGCUUGAAGAACCUUGAGGAGCUUGUUGGGUCGGUGGGUAUCAAGCUUAGCGAGGAGGAUAUCGAGGCGCUUGAGGAGCCCUACCGGCCGCGCGGCGUUUUCGGGCAUAUGUGA